UCAUCUUCACGUCCAACUCACAAACCACUUGUUCCUCUCUCCGUUACUCGUUGCCACACUCGCCAUCGCUGGUGCCAUUCAAAUGCGGCGUGCUAGUACUUCAAGGACUCCUUCAAGGUCAUCGUCAAAUUCAUCCAACAACUCUAAUACAAGGCCACAGACGUCCAGGCCAACAGUGCUAGUGUCAAUUCCACUUGAAGAGAAUGAACUACUUGGAGUUAAGCUUAAUAAAUCUUUGAUUGUAACAAGCGUCCAACGAAGGUCUCCAGCACACGGUCAUUUGCAUGUCGGCGACAAAGUAUUAACGGUCAAUGAUCGUAAGAUUAGAGACGUGGAUGCAUUCUUCAGGAUUCUGCGCAUAACCUUUCCUGUCGCGAAUAUUUUGGUUCGGAGGCUGGGUACCAGUAGCCGUGUUAUCAACACAGAAAGAUCGCCGGAAAGAACAGCAACAUCUAUUGUACGUGACGAACCUCAACAACAACAACAACGAUUACCCCAAGCACAGCUGGCUGAUGAUUUGCCACAGGAAAUACGGACGGCAAUAGAAAAACGUAGAGGAUAUAGAUAUUCGGUAACAAGAAAAGUAGAUGAAGGAUGA